AUGCGUAGGGGACCACAAUGGUUUAUCCAGAGCCGGUCACGUGAACGGUUUCACCAGUUAUGGCCAUGGGCACUUGGGGGCGUAUGUGCCACUUUGUACUUCUUCAAUCGCGAGCCUUUUGAAGAAAUGGCUGGUACUGUGGUAACUAAGAUACGGAAACCCCUACUCAAGACGAUGGAAUGGAUUGAACUGCACGAUGUGGACCCGGAGACGAUGGCGCUGGAACUUCCUCCUGACGUGCUUUUUGGCCCCUUGGAGUUCUCAAAGCAGAUGCGAUUCCUAAUGGCUGCGCUACGGGCUGAUAAUGAACUUGCCGAUGGGUAUCUUGCUCGUGUGCUGGUGGAUCAUAUGGAUCUUUCUCUCGAUCCACCAUUGCUCACGGAAAAGGAAAUUCUCGAGACAGGUGGGAGGCAGUUGCUUGACUUUGCCAUUGAGGAUUUUUUGGGUGCAGGUUCUAGGAAGACUCGGAAGCAUAUAUUCUUUAGGCCAGACCAAUUUCUUCGUCUUAUAAACUUUUUAGCCGUUUAUCCGUCAUUGACAAACUACUUUGUGAAGGAACGCAACGGUGUGGACAUGAUUUUUCGCGCGCUACGGCACAGCAGCGACGAAUUCGCACGUGUUCUGGCGCUUCGCAGCCUAUGUCUAUUCUGCUUUACGCAGCGCGAAGACGGCGACGUGGAGCGGCGAAUAAUGCAGGCGAAUGGUGUUGAGCAAAUUGUGAAAGCUUAUAAGCAAAGUACGGGUGACCCAACCGACACAAGGUACAUCACCUUACUCGUCUCUUCCCUGUUGCGCCACUAUCCUCUAGAGGGCGGAAAAGAAUUUGUUGAGGCUGAUGGCAUUCAGGCAGCUGUUGACAACUUGAAUAUUGCUCGGUACAAGGGCAUACCUCAACAUGUGCGAGUUCUUCAUGAUGCGAAACGACUCCCACCAGCGGCCAUUGGCGGGAGGUCCAUCAAUUCGCGCAUUGAGGAUGCUGACUUUAUUCCUAUAGCGAUGGGUCUUCUUGAUGCCUUUCCUGAAUUCUACGAAGCUUCUAGUGAGAUAUUACUACUACUACGAAGUAUUGUACCGUCGUGUGCGAGUCCGUUUAACCUUUUGGAGUAUCGUGCUAUGCCUAUUUUAUCAAAAUAUUAUGUGCGAUGGCAGAAUGACACCGUUUUUCACACGGAUGGUACGCUCCAGUUGUUGGUGGAACUGUUUAAACUAAUGUUAGAGGACCCGACGUGCCAGCGCUGUUUUGACCCGAGUGUGGCGUCAUAUGAGUUGCAGGAGUGUCUGCGGACCGCACGCGCGGCAAUUGAAGCGGAAUCAUCCAAACCUGUGGUGCAACCCACACUUUAG